CGCGCUGCGGCGGGAGGGGGCGGGCGGGCAGAUCCCACCCCUUCCUGAAGGAAGCGCCCUCCCCACCGCGACUGCCACCGCCGCCGCCGCCGCUGCCGCCGCAGGUCACGGCCCGCGAGCCGCCGCCGCCCGGAGCAGGGCUCUUUCCAUCGAGUUCCCUUUCUGAACUUGCACGUGAUCCCAAACAGCACAUAGUAAGUCUUGCUCAUCUUCCUGGAACCCGACAAGCCUCUAGCACCAAGAAGGGAGAGCAUAUCGGUUGUGUGUCUCCUGGAAUUUCUUCUAAGCUGAGUGUGGACUAACAGAAGACCAGUGGAUUCUCUGUGCCAAGAAAAAAGUUGCACAGGCAUGGACGGGAAGAAAUGCAGCGUGUGGAUGUUUCUACCUCUCGUGUUUACUUUGUUUACUUCAGCUGGCUUGUGGAUAGUGUACUUUAUAGCCGUGGAAGAUGACAAAAUUUUGCCAUUAAAUUCGGCUGCAAGGAAAUCGGGUGCAAAGCAUGCUCCGUACAUCAGUUUUGCAGGUGACGACCCUCCUGCGAGCUGUGUGUUCAGUCAAGUAAUGAACAUGGCCGCCUUCCUAGUACACAGGAGCCUUCCCUCUCGCAAAGGCUGCCACAGCUGUCCUCCACGGGGCUUCAAGGAAACCAGCGAGCAUGCCGCGAAGCUCCUCAUUAUUUCCUUGGUAUACUCUGCACAAUUGAUACGUCCCAGAAGUCUUUGGGCCCUCGUGGUAGCUGUUCUGCGCUUCAUCCAGCUAAAACCAAAGGUUUUAAACCCAUGGCUGAAUAUCAGCGGUCUGGCGGCGCUGUGUCUGGCUUCUUUUGGAAUGACCUUACUUGGUAAUUUCCAGGUACUUCCUCUGGCAUUUCUGCCUCCCUCUCGUGCUGACAAGCCAGUUGUCUCAAGGGUAUCACUGUGUGCCAAUCAAAUCUUCCCGUGCCAGAACUGGCGAUUCUCACUCACAAACGAUGAAGAAAUCCACAAUGUGGGGACAUCCUUGACCUUCGGGUUUGGCACACUGACCUGCUGGAUCCAGGCCGCACUGACACUCAAAGUCAAUAUCAAGAACGAGGGGCGGAGAGCUGGGAUCCCGCGAGUCAUCUUGUCAGCCGUCAUUACCCUCUGUGUAGUCCUGUAUUUCAUCCUGAUGGCCCAAGAUAUCCACAUGUACGCAGCCAGGGUCCAAUGGGGCCUGGUCAUGUGCUUCCUGGCGUACUUUGGCACCCUGGCUGUGGAGUUCCGGCACUACCGCUAUGAGAUUGUGUGCUCCGAGUACCAAGAGAACUUCCUGAGCUUCUCAGAAAGCCUGUCAGAAGCUUCUGAAUAUCAGACGGAUCAGGUGUAGCCCAUCAGUUUGUCCUAAGGGGUGCGGUGGGUGUGGCAACAGGGGAGGGGCCAGGAGGAUACACUCACGGGACUCGACACAUCACCUCACGAUGCUUUUCACACACACGGACGCAUACUCACGGCCACAUCUGACAGAAGAGCUUUUCAGGGCAGGUUACUUUUUUCUUGAACAAGCACAAGCCCUCAUGUAUGGAAAUACACGCUGUCACAUCGAAAACAUGCACGACAGAGCCAGAAGCUUGUGCAUGACCACCUCCCCGCCCCCCGCCCUCCCAGCAGGCCUUGCGCUUCUCAUCCUUUUCCCGGUUCCAACCUGGCAUCUUCCUCCUGCAAAGUAAGGCCAGCUGAAUAUAAAGUGAGAGUCAAGCCAGCUCCCUAAGUCGCCUUCAGGUCAGAAGGGCUUGAGGCGAGCACGAGCACGAGGGGAACUUGAGUGGAAACCUAAGAGCUGACUGCAUGCACUCCGCACUAAAGCUGGCCGUGGCCUGAGAGGCGUGGGUAGAGCUUACCCAUCAGGCUGACAUCACUGUUCAGCCGUCGGCUUUGUGGAUCCAGAGAGAGAAGCAUGCUACAGAGAGUGAGCGGGGGAAAAAAGCCGGCCACCAUCAUUUGGACUUGAGUCACUCUGCCUGAGGAAGAUCUCCAAACGUGAAUGCUACCCCGGGACAGUCAGCCGCGAAAGGCACGAGGUACAGCUGAGAGGGCGUGGCUUGGUUUUUCCUUCCACAGUGCAUCACCCCACAGUUCCAGUUUUAUAGCUCAUGGCUUGCAUUUUCUUUUUGAAGUGCCACUCUCACGGGACUAUGUAGGCCUUGUGGGCAAAGGUAUGGACCAAAGGCAAGAACCUUGUUUUGGCUUCAAGUAUGAAAGGGGUAUACGUGUAAGCUUAAUUUAUAUCUAAAGAAAUAAUAAGAAGAAAAAAAGAUUCUCAAAGAAUCGCAAAAGAAAUCUACAUGGGGGUGAAAGGCAUGAGGGCACCUGUGGGCUCUGAGGAAAGACAGGUUAGUCCUCUUGCUGCCAGUCCAACCCAGGGGAGAUUUUAACAUCCGUGUGUUGCUCAAAUUUUAUAGUUUGAGGACUGGGGACUUUAAAUUAAAUUUGGAAGUUAUAGAAGCAAAUUAAAGACAUCGCCCUCCCACAAACCACAUUGGCACAAAUGGAGCUGCAAUACUGCUAAGCUGUUCAGAGAUGAGCCCAGAGGUGCAGGUGUUCAAGGCCAUCCUAGAUCCCUGUGCCAACAACAGAGUGCCAAGUGCACAAGCACCUCCCCUCCCCCAACCAAGUGCACAAGCACUCCCCAACCAAGUGCACAAGCACCCCCUCCCCCAACCAAGUGCAUUGUUUCAAAAAACUCUCCCAACUCCUAAGGGUCUCAGACAGCCCGGAAUGUAAUGUGGAAAACGUUGUUUUGUAAAUUCAACCUGAAGUAUAGCUUCCCAAGGAAGGGUUCAAAUGCUGUUACAUCUAAUCUCCGCCCCCAGCAUAGCCGAGCACACAGUAAAUGUCCAAUGAAUAGAUUUGCUGCUCGUUUCUGAGUGGAGGUGAGGAGCAUCAAAGAGAUUCAGAGACAAACGACAGGGUGGAAGCCAGAGUGAAGAAGGAGGGGGAGGACUCAUCACUACAGGACAGGGCAGAGAGUGAAAAGCCCUCAGGGGUGUGAGAAAGCCUCAAGUAGAGUAUUCUCUUAUUAAAAAGGCGUCUUUACCGUAAAUACUCCAGGGGGACAUCUGUUAGUUUUGAAACUGCUAUGGGGUUUCUCUUCUUUCCUCCUUUUCAUUUUUAUAUUUUAAAGAUUUUUAUCAAAGAA